AGAAGGGGUGGCGCCGGGAGCGGGAGCGCUGCACAGCUCCAAGACCCCGGCUCCAGCAACCUACUCCGGGUCGCCAAGCCCGGGAGGCAAUCAUGAAUGGCGAGGAGCAGUACUACGCGGCCACACAGCUGUACAAGGACCCUUGCGCAUUCCAGCGGGGCCCGGCGCCGGAGUUCAGCGCCAGCCCCCCUGCGUGUCUGUAUAUGGGCCGCCAGCCCCCGCCGCCGCUGCCUCCGUUCCCCGGCGCCCUGGGCGCACUGGAGCAGGGCAGCCCCCCAGACAUCUCCCCGUACGAGGUGCCCCCGCUCGCCGACGACCCCGAGGUGGCGCACGUCCACCACCACCUCCCGGCUCAGCUCUCGCUCCCCCAUCCGCCCUCCGGGCCCUUCCCGGAUGGAGCCGAAUCAGGUGCCCUGGAGGAGCCGAGCCGCUUCCAGCUGCCUUUCCCGUGGAUGAAGUCUACAAAGGCUCACGCGUGGAAAGGCCAGUGGGCAGGUAAGCCUGGCUCCCCGCCCCCUUUGUCCUCACCUGCUCUCGACCCGACUGCCCUGACCUCCAAGCGCUCCCCAGGACUCUCUCCCAGACCCCUGGGCUACUGGACCGAGGGCAGCCUCUCAGAGAACCUCGGGAAGCUGAUGCUGGAGUGGAGGGACGACCUGCUGGAGCUCCGCCACCCAGCUGGCCGAGGGACGUUUGUGCCGCGCCACCGGGCGCUGCUGGCGCGCCCAGAUGAGGCGGAGCGCUCCCCGCGCGCUGACGACCGAAGCACCGUCCUGGCUCAGCCAAAGCCGCGGUCCCGGGAUUUGGAAGAGCCCACGUGGGCUCCUCGCCACGCACAUCCUCACGCAGACGCCGCCGAGAGCUGGGGCCGGGAUGCGGAACCCGGGAGAGCGCGCCGCUGUGCGGCCGGGGGCCUCCUGGUGCAGAGCAUCGUGUCACACAGUGCCACGAACAGCCCAUAG